ACUCAUACCAAUAAUUGGAACACGGGUUGGGUCGGGUUCUACGGGUUGUGUAAUCCAAAAUCCAAACCCAACCCAAAAAAGGCGGGUUGUACAAAAGAAAACCCUCACCCAACCCAAAAUCUUCGAUUUAGCAAUAAAUACGGGUGGGUUGGGUCGGAUUGGACGGGUGGAUCGGUUUGCGGGUGUGUUUGUUCACCACUAAGCACCACUAUAGUAUUUACUCUUUUUUUUUUGUGGUGAUUUUACUCUUUUAACUUUACCAAAAGCAGCUCCCGAUAAUAAAUUUCACAAUUUCCUCUAUAUUUGCCGGAGUGAGUGAUUGAGUGGAUUUUUUUUUUUACAAUAAAUUGAGUGGAUUGAUGACGCGUUUUUUUAAACAUUAAUAUUAUUAUUAUUCUAGAAAUCUUACUUUUUCAUUUCCAAAAAGUUUCCUUUGGUCUACAUUGGUAGAUUGGGGUUGCCUGCGACUCCUCCGAACCCAGUUUUUGAAACUCUUUCCGCUCUCUCUCUCUCUCUCUCUCUCUCUCUUGCGUCCUCCUCCAACCUAAUUCCCAGCCACUUCCAGAGUUCCCACCAAUCUCCGUUCACUUAACUCGGCCGGCGACUCAGCUCGUCCCGCUCUCUCGGCUCAACUUCCGGCCUACUCUCAUGAACUUGCUGACUUCGUGAUGACAAUGAUGAUGGAUAAGAAUUGGAAAUUCCGCCGGUUUGGAGCUCCGUUUCUCAGCUUCUUUCUCUACUGCCACUUGGUUCUCUUCUGCUUAUCCUCCGCUUCGUCCUCGCUGCUCGACGGCGAAGGUUUGGCUUUGUUGAAGUUCAAGGAAAGAGUGGUGAGCGAUCCGUUCGGCGCGCUGAAGGAUUGGAAGGAUGACGGUGGUGGAGUUCUUGAUUACUGCUCGUGGUUCGGCGUUGAGUGCUCGGCUGGAAACGUUGUAGCCUUGAACCUGAAAGAUCGUUGCUUGGAAGGAACACUGGGAUCUGAGCUGGGAAACCUGGUCAGCCUAAAGUCCAUUGUUUUGCGCAAUAACUCAUUCUCUGGCUCAAUUCCGGAAGAUAUUGGCGAGCUGAAGGAGUUGGAGGUGCUCGAUCUUGGGUUCAAUAACUUCAGUGGUUCGCUUUCUUUGAACCUUGGAAGCAAUCGGCCUUUAAUGCUUCUGUUAUUGGAUCAUAAUGGUGUUAUUAGCAUCAUUUCACCUGAAAUUCAUCAACUGACGAAGGUCUCUGAAGUUCAAGUUCAUGAAGUUGAAUUGCAUGAUUCAGCUAAACCUGCAUCUUCCCAUAAUAAAAGGAAAUAUGCAGCUCACAGGAGACUUUUACAAACAGUUGGUGGAGUGAAUCUACCACCAGUGUCAUUAACUCCAUCUACCCCUUUCUUCGACCCUUAUGCAUUUUUGCCUCCACUGCCCUCUGUAGCUCCAUUUCUCCCGACUCCAAAUGCAGAUCCUCCAUUGCCUCCUUCUCCCCCUGCUACCGAUUCAAAUGAUUCAAUUCCACCACCCCCAGCUGCUUCUCCAAAUUCUACUGAAGCUUCUCGUCCUUUACCAACUCCUCCACUAUCAAGUAGUCCCAAUUCAACAGUUGAUAGUUCCCCUUCCAGGAGUCAUACCUUUAUACCAAUUGUUGCAGCGGUAGCUGGGGCCACAUGUUUUCUCCUUGCUAUCUUUGGAAUAUAUCUGUGCAAAACCAAUAGGGCAGCUGUCAAACCUUGGGCCACUGGACUCAGUGGGCAGCUUCAGAAAGCACUAAUAACUGGUAUACCAAAGCUGAAGAGAACUGAGCUUGAAUCUGCCUGCGAAGAUUUUAGUAAUGUUAUUGGUUCUUCACCACUCGGUAUGCUGUACAAAGGCACUUUGUCCAGUGGGGUUGAAAUAGCGGUGGCCUCUGUUGCAUUAACCUCUUCCAAAGAUUGGUCACGAAAUCUGGAACUGCAAUUCGCAAAGAAGAUUGAGACAUUAUCAAAAAUCAAUCACAAGAAUUUCGUCAACCUUCUGGGGUACUGUGUGGAAGAGGAGCCUUUCACGAGAAUGAUGGUUUUUGAAUAUGCUCCAAAUGGAUCACUCUUUGAACACUUGCACAUUAAAGAGUCGGAACACCUGGACUGGGCAAUGCGGCUCAGAAUCAUGAUGGGUAUAGCUUACUGCCUCGAGCACAUGCACCAGCUGACCCCACCGAUCGCCCACAAGAAUCUCACCUCUUCAUCCAUCUCCCUCACCGAAGACUAUGCAGCCAAAAUCUCCGAUUUCAGUUUCUCAAACGACAUAAUCAUACCACCUCCUUCCUCCGGGAUGGAACAUUCCGAGACCGACACUGAGCUGUCAGCUGAUAUUCCAUUCCGGGCAAGCAACGUGUACAGCUUUGGCGUGUUGUUGUUCGAACUCAUCACAGGCAGGCUUCCUUACUUGGUAGACAAUGGAUCGCUGGAGAACUGGGCAGCAGACUACUUGACGGGGGACCAACCCCUUAGGCAGAUUGUGGACCCCAUGCUCGACUCUUUCGAGGAAGGCAAGCUAGCGUCCAUCGAACAAGUGAUAAAGGUUUGUGUUCACCCUGAUCCACUACAAAGACCGACAAUGGCGGAAAUCACUCCUAUGUUGAGAGAGGUUACUGGGAUAACUGCUGAAGCAGCGACCCCGAAACUCUCUCCUCUUUGGUGGGCAGAGCUCGAGAUUCUGUCUGCCGAUGGUAGUUGAUGAAAAGUAAGCUCUACCAAAACCCUCCAUUUUCUUGAAGAAGGUAUGAGCUAUAACUGAAUGAAUGGAUCAUAUGGCGGGGAGGAGGAGGGUAGGGAAAGUUGGUGUUUGUGGGUCUGUCUGUGUACCUAUUCUAUCUAUUUUGUGCGUUAGAUGGGAGGUGGAAGCCCAGAGCUGCUUGCUUGUGUAUAUAGAGAGCCAAGAAAAUGGAAGCUGGAUAAAUGCUUUGGCACCAUCUUGGUGCUUUGUGUGUUUAUUAAUUCUUUAACCCUCCACAGAGGUCUGAGAUUUAGGUUUGUGGUGGCCAUGAACACACAUCACCAACCAAACCUUCUCUCUUUGUUUAUAUUCCUGGUUGUUGAGCAUUUUUGCUUAUCCAUAUUUUGUGCUCUUAACGUCCAUCUGUCAAAGUAAGUUCUUGUUCCGAGUUGGAAGUCUUUGGUUGGCAGUCUCCAUUCCUACUAGCCAUGGAGUUAUGUGUGAAUUGACCAGGCUUUUCAAUGACAUCAGGUUAACUGGUUGGUUAAGAACAUGACUUUUCUGAAGUUGUUUUAAGGAUUUGGGAUUUUCAGUUUUUGUUUUUCCUAUAUGGAGGGGUGUUUAGUUUUAACUAAUGAAGAAGUCAUAGGUAUUGUUUUUUUAACUUCUUUCUGAGGAAGUGAUAAGGUUGUACUGUUUAUGUUACGCUAAAUGGGAAAAGGGAUUAAGAAAAUACGACGCGAUUUAGCUGUCAUUGUGUGUAAAAGUAUACUAUGCGAAGUGAUUUUCCAGUUGGGAUGAAUGAGAUGGCAUCAGCUGGCAGAGGGAUGUUUGGAAUGGUCAAACUCAAAGGAAACACGGUUCUGAUGAUUAUUUUAGUCAUUCAGUGAUAUAUAGUUGGCAAGGAGAUGGCAUUUUUGGCGCUGUUGGUGGAUGGAUUCUUCAAACAUGCUGCUACAAGGAUAGGGGUGUGCAGAGCUCAGAACUGGACCAAACUAGGGAAGAUUGUGGUUGAAUAGGAAAAUACAUUUUUAGAACAAAGGAUCGGAUUAAUAAUAUAUUUGGUUUGUUUUGGUCAGGUUUAUUUUUCUUCGAUAUUAAUAAGAUUCAUAGAAUCAAAGAUAGAAUCAUAUUAUAUUUAGUUCGAUGUGAUUACAUCAUCUGUUUGAUUGCGAUUUGAUAGGCCCAACUCAGAGAUAAAAUGGAAACAACUAAAUACACCAAACAAUGCCCAAUAUUAUUGAGAAAAUAGCUAACUUAGGGGUCGUUUGGAAGUUGCGAUUGUUAAAUAGAUGUAUUGUUGAGAAUGCAUGUAUAAUAUUAUACAUGUAUGGUCGAAUUUGAUGCAUUGUAGAAUACAACGUUUGGUAUGUGUGAUUGUGUAUGUCGCAUCAGCUAAAAGCCGAGACAAAACAAUCUCAACUCAACUAUCUCAACAAUCACAACUAAAAGUUGAGAUAUAACAAUUACUCAAAAUGAGUGAUAAUUUCUGUCACAUCACAGAACAAUCCAUGUAUUGUUUCUGCUAAAAAAACAAAAAAACAAUGCAUUGUAAACAAUACAUGCAUAAUGACAAUCUCAACAAAACAAUCGCAACUUCCAAACGACCCCUUAAUUGACAAAACUAUGACCUACCGCUAAACUCCUCCUCAACCAAAUCAAAUCAAAUCAAAUGUGGUAUGUAAGACAAUGUAAUGCACAUCAACAAUUAUUUCUUAUCUAAUAAGUUUUUAGAAACAAC